UUCUCUCGUCGUCAGCAGAGUUGGCCUUGUCUGUUUUGUGUUGAACACGAAUUGCGGCUCUUAGUCUGUGCUUUGUGGUAGGUUAAACCCCCGCGUAUUUAGAUCAACGUGGGUAUCGGGAACUGGAUCAAUGCAAUAUUGAAUCAAAUACCCAUUCAUUGAUCGUGGAACUGUGCGAUCGAAAAGAUUACAUGGGUCUGAAGGGUCGGAAGUUGAAACUGCAUUUGUAUUUAGGCUACCCUCUAUCACUACCAACAACUUCGUUUCAGCAGAGGACAUGUUGACACGUUUGAAACAUGGACGUCAAGUCACGGACUCGUUUAUCGUUACCUCCUAGAUGGAAUAAGUUGACGGAAAAGGUGACAAAAUUUACGCCGUGAAGGAGCUUCAAUUACACGGGGAGAUUUCCUGCACAGUUUGAUCAAACACCGAGAAAGGAAAACAAUACCGGAAAAGUAGUGUGACCACCGCUGUUUCUAAUUUCCAGCUCACAUGACAUCACAGAUGUGAUUAUUAACUCAAAACAACAUUAUUUCAAGAAUAUCGUAGCGGGUGACGACGGGUAUAUCCUUGAAUGUAAUUCGAAUCCCAGGAAGGGGACUUUUAGCUCCGGGGAGUUGAUAAUUGGAAAUGCUCCGGAGAUUCGCUGCGUGUAAAGGGAUUCUUACAUGAAAAGUGCUGUCAAUAAUGUACAUUUCGGUAACUUUUAAAUAUACCUGAACCUUAUAGAUAUGAAAGUAGUGAUACGAACAAAAUGAUGCAGUUAUUGAGUUUCGCCUGUCUUAACCACUCGAUUUAACCAUUGCUCUAUGAUCUACUCAAGAGCCUUCCUCAAUGAUUCAAUAGCCUUACUUACUAUGUUACUAAUGGUCAGUAUGGUGCCAUCUUCGAUCCAUUACAAAAGGCGGACCCCAUGCCUGUAUAAAUCUCGCUAAUGGACUAGAUUCUUUCAUACAAACAGUGUUUACAAACAAUUAGAGUGACUUUCAAUGCAAAACCCACAGACACCAUACGAGGAUAUUGUAAUACCACUAGACAUGUCGUCUCUAUCGGUGAAAGCAAAGCAUGGGACGGACCCAACAAUGCAGUUGCCCCCAUCAGUGCGACGCAAAGUAGUGAACCCAAUGUAUACGCUUGAUAUGAAUCGAGCCAAGACAGUCAACAGCAUUGAAGAGCAACAGCUGAGCAAGAAACUGAAAGACUUGGAGAAACAACAGAACAAGAUGAGAUCGGAUAUGCUGCAAAUGAAGGCGAGUUUACUCCCUGAGAUCACUGUGACAUCAGCAUGGGGAGAUAAAAACACCAAUGCUGGUGGGUUGUUGACCGGUGACGCCUUGCCAGAACGCACCCGUAAACGAAGCGGGUCUCUACCCCCUCUCAUCACCAGUCCAGAGACGGAGAAAGCCAGGCUGGGUGGCUCAUCAUCAGAAACCACCUCAUCAACCAAAUCCUUGAUUGCCCCGACCCCACCGGCGCAACCCAUUCACCGUUCCCGUUCAAUGAACGAAUUCGACCGGGGACGGCCGCGGGUACGGCCCAAGUCAGCCAUAUGCCCCGUUUCGGCAACAACCAGUGCCGAAGCCAGGCGCCAAAGCUUCCAGAACUCCAAAAGCGCCAACUCAUCAGUUGAAAGCCUCCCAUCGGAGCUGUCUCGCAAUAAAGCUGGCUCUAACCCAACCAUCAUCAGAGACAGUGGAUCACAUGAGGAUGUAACAACAGGGAAACAACGCACAAAGUCAACAUCUGCUCUUUUACCACUCAGAAAAGCUAAAAGUACCUCAAACCUCGCUAAAGUCCGCCGUGCAACGGUUGACUCUGCAGAAUUACCCAUUAAACAUGAUAGGAAUAGUAUUUUCCGGAACUCUUCUUACAACCCGGUCCUUCUGAACCCUACUCUACCCCCAUCUAAAGGGCCCAGCACACCAAAUAGUCGAAGGAGGAGCAGCCAACUCCGGUUGAACCAGUUGAGCUUAGACAGUUCCGAAUCACCCACUGCCAAUGGCAUACCGUCCCUCGAGGCACAGUUUGAACAACUCAAAGCGUGUAGAUAUCUUCGUGUGCCAUCGGAGGAGGGUGAUUAACAAUAACAUAAACAUUCAUUUAAAGGCAGUGGACA